UUCGGUUAGUUUUGUAUGUUGAACCCUCUUCGUGAAUAUUCUAGCUCCACCACAAAAAAAAUGAAAGUGAAGGUUGAUGAUGGAGAUAGUACUGGUGGUGCUCCUCCGUGGACGACGGCGAAGAUAACGGUUGUAGUAGCAGUUAAGAGUGCUGAAGGGAGAGGAAGUCAACGUGCAGUGAAAUGGGCAGUGGAGAAGCUUUUACAGAAAGCUCAUAAAUUUGUUUUCAUUCAUGUUAUGAAUGCAAUCACCACUAUUCCAACUCCGUCAGGAGAGAGUAUUCCUGUUGAUGAUCUUGAGGACAGUGUGGUUAAACUAUAUACCGAGGAUAAGAGAGUGAAAUGUGAAGAAAUCUUUAUCCCCUUCAAGACUUUAUGCAAACGAAGAAACGUUGAGACAUUGGUGCUGGAAGGGAAUAAUCCUGCAACAGUGCUCUUAAAAUAUGUAAAUGACUCCAGAAUUAAAAGUUUUGUCUUGGGCUCCUACUCUUCAAGUUACUUUGCCAGGAAGCUGAAGGGAUCAAGCGUGCCAUCGAUUAUCCUCAAGCAUGCUCCAGAUUGUUGUGAUGUUUAUGUGGUGUCCUCAACUAAGCUUAUGACAAAUUCGUUAAAUCCCUUGUUGGCUGCUGAAGGUGACCUUCGUAUAGUCAAUAAACAACAAUCCAGUGCAUCUUCUAUCUCCGCGGGAAGUAUUUUUCAUAACAGAUCAUCGUCAGUUGCAUCUAGCCAUCUGAGUUCUACAGAAUUUGUCCACGGGAACUCUUCUAAUUACGUCAAUCCUCAACGCAGAACUAAUCACAAUCUGGAAGAUGUGACCACAGGUCUGGAGGCAGUCAAGGGAUGCCAUUCUUCCACUUACUCAAAUCAGUUAGACAUUCAGGACGAAGUGGAGAGGUUGCGCGUAGAAUUACAGGAUACUUUAGCAAUGUACAAUCAAGCAUGUGAGGACUUGGCGCAUGCCCGGAACAAGGUCCAGUUAUUUUCUUCGCAAUACCUUGAAGAGUCUGAAAAAGUGAAUGCCGCAAAGAAAAGAGAAGAAAAUCUAGGGAAAAUUGCUGCUGAAGAGAAAGAGAAGCAUAUGGAAGCUGAGAAGGAAGUUGAGAUAGCAAGAAAAUUGCUUUCCGAAGAGGUUUACGAGAGGCAGAUAGCAGAGUUGAAGGCUCUACAGCAGACCUUAGAGAAAAAGAAAAUUGUUGAUAAACUAUUAUCAUCUGAUGGCAGGUAUAGAAGGUUUACAACAGAAGAGAUUGAGGUUGCAACCGAUUACUUCUCCGAGUCUAAGAUGAUUGGUGAAGGGGCAUAUGGAAAAGUUUACAAAGGCAAUCUUGAUCGCACCCCUGUUGCCAUCAAAGUUCUUUGUUCCGAUGCAUCAGAAAAGAAAGACGAAUUCCUAAAAGAGGUGGAGGUUCUUAGCCAGUUACAUCACCCGCACAUUGUUUUACUGCUCGGAGUCUGUCCUGAUUACGGUUGCCUUGUUUACGAGUAUAUGGAGAAUGGAAACCUCGGAGAUUACAUUUUGGAACGAAACAACAAACCAUUUCCCUGGUUUUCUCGAUUCAGGAUACUUUUUGAAGUGGCAUGUGCUCUUGCAUUCCUACACAACUCAAAGCCUGAGCCUAUUGUUCAUCGAGAUAUAAAACCAGGAAAUAUAUUGUUGGACAAAAAUUUUGUAAGCAAAGUAGGAGAUGUAGGUCUAGCAACGUUUAUAUCAGAUGUUGUACCGGAAAGUGUUACAGAAUAUAGGAACUCCGUUCUUGCUGGCACCUUUGCUUACAUGGAUCCCGAGUAUCUAAGAACUGGCACACUUAGACCAAAAUCUGAUCUGUAUGCUUUUGGAGUAAUAGUACUCCAAUUAUUGGCUGCUCGUCGUCCUAAUGGCCUUAUAAUGAAAUUUGAGGAUGCUAUAAAUUGUCAUUCGUUGGUGGAUAUUCUUGAUAACUCUGUUACUGAUUGGCCGUUGACUGAAGCUGAGGAGCUAGCUAGGAUGGCGCUAAACUGCUGUAAGCUUAGAUGCCGAGAUAGACCUGACCUCGAGACUGAAGUUCUUCCACUUUUGAAAAGACUUGCUGAAUUUGCCGACAUGCAUAGCAACGUUGAGAAGAAUCUUAUCCAGGCACCUAGUCCGUACUUAUGCCCGAUCCUUCAGGAAGUAAUGGAAGAUCCACAGAUAGCAGCUGAUGGAUUUACGUACGAGCAUAGAGCAAUAAAGUUAUGGCUCGACAGAUACAGUGCAUCACCAGUGACAAAACAGAUAAUGCAGCACAAGCUGAUCAUGCCAAACCACACAUUGCGGCUAGCUAUACAAGAAUGGAUCACAUUCAACAUCGUUCAGAUAGAGAAAAACUUGUGAUUGAUGUGGAGGAGACGAUCUGUUUAUGAUAUAGUCCAAGGUAGAGUUUUCUCAUUUCCUUAUUUCUUAAAACAUUAUUUCAACCAACCUCCACUGUACUUCCAGUGCAAAGAGUCAAAAUGUUCAUGACGAUAUCAAGCCGAAAGGGAAACUAGAGAAACCACAAGAAAAGAAGGAAAAGUAAUAGGACUGUUGUAUUGUACACAAGUGUCUUUAGAACAAGUCGUCGAGUGUACAUUAGCAACUGUAAUUUAAGUAUUGUAUAGCUCCUGAUGGUAGGAAAACCUAUAGAAAAUGUAACAUAAUACUGAGAAUGAGACCAUACAUUCUGAUUCAUGAUUUCUGGUGGUAGACAAGUCUGAAAUAAUAUAUCCUAGCUUUCUACAA